AUGCUGACGUUGAUGACGUCCAUGUAUCUGGUGGGGCGGGCGGUGUUCCCGCAGGGCAUCGAUGUACAAUUGGACUACAAGUCCCGUAGAACGAUCGAAGCCGAAGGAAGUAAUCACCAAGCUGUAGCAAAUAUGACUGACGUAAUCCGUGUUGUGGUGACUGGUGCCGCUGGGCAGAUUGCCUACUCUCUGCUGUACAGCAUUGCAAAGGGAGAUGUUUUCGGAAAAGACCAGCCGAUUGCUUUGAUCCUGUUGGAUAUCCCCCCGAUGUUACCAGUGCUGGAGGGAGUCGUCAUGGAGCUGCAGGACUGUGCCCUCCCUCUACUUCGGGAGGUCAUCCCCACUGACAAGGUGGAGGUUGGUUUCAAGGAUAUUGAUGCAGCCAUUUUGGUGGGCUCCAUGCCCAGGAAGGAGGGAAUGGAGAGAAAGGACCUCCUCAAGGCUAACGUGGCCAUAUUCAAGACACAGGGAGCUGCCCUUGACAAGUAUGCCAAGAAGACCGUGAAGGUUUUGGUGGUUGGGAACCCAGCAAACACAAACUGUCUGAUUGCUUCAAAGUCUGCUCCAUCCAUCCCAAAAGAGAACUUCUCCUGCCUGACCAGACUGGACCACAACAGAGCCUCCUCACAGGUGGCAAUGCGCUGUGGUGUGUCCUCUGACAAGGUAAAGAAUGUCAUUAUCUGGGGUAAUCACUCUUCCACUCAGUACCCCGAUGUCCACCAUGCUAAAGUAAACUUACAAGGCUCUGAGACGGCUGCUUACGAUGCAGUGAAGGAUGACGCCUGGCUCAGGGGAGACUUCAUCUCUACAGUGCAACUUCGAGGUGCUGCGGUCAUCAAGGCCAGGAAGCUGUCCAGCGCCAUGUCUGCCGCCAAGGCCAUCUGUGACCACAUGAGGGACAUCUGGUUUGGCACCAAGGAGAAUGAGUUUAUUUCCAUGGGGGUGUAUGCUGGUGGAAACCCCUAUGGCAUCCCAGAGGACCUCAUUUAUUCCUUCCCUGUUCAGAUCAAGAACAAGACCUGGAAAGUGGUUAAUGGACUCUCCAUUAAUGACUUUUCCCGUGCAAAAAUGGAUGCCACAGCCGCAGAGCUGGUUGAGGAGAGGGACACCGCCAUGGACUUCCUGUCUCAGUGACUCUUAUAUCCCCGAAAGGCUUGCUGCUCUCGCCUCUGAAGACGAUUAUAACCGUCCAUGUUGUCACCUCUCCUUCUAUGUGUGAGCGCGAGCGCAUGCCAUUGUGUCUACCUUCACCACCUUUUCAGGUUUUUUUUAAACCUGUUAUAAUCCCUACAACCUGUUCUCCUCUGUCUGUAAGACAUCAAGAGAAUGUCUCUGUUGGUAGAUAACACAACUAGAAAUCGACAAACUGUAAUAAACAGUAAGGAAACUUAAAGACCAACUGAAACCUA